CACAUGCGGGGAGCGAGAGAAAACCGAGAAUUAGGCUACAGAUUUCGCCGAUUAUAACUUCGCCGGGAUAUAUCGCCGUUUGCCACCAGCAUGCACCGGACCACGCGCCUGAAGAUCACGGAGUUGAACCCGCACCUGAUGUGCGCACUCUGCGGGGGGUAUCUCACAGAUGCCGCCACCGUCGUCGAGUGUCUCCAUUCUUUUUGCAAGACCUGUAUUGUUCGAUACAUGGAAACCAGUAAAUUUUGUCCUAUUUGUGACGUCAUGGUGCAUAAGACGAAGCCGCUCACGAAUGUCAGGCUGGACAAAACGCUACAAGAUCUGGUCUACAAGUUGGUUCCAGGACUCUUUAAAAAUGAAAUGAAGAGGCGCCGAGAAUUUUAUUCUGCAAAUCCUGACUUAGUUUUCGACUCUUCAUUGGAAGCCAGAGGAGAGGUGGCACCCGAAGAUCGACUGAUCUAUACAGACGAUGAUAAGAUAAGUUUGUCUCUGGAAUAUAGUGCCAACGGGAGACCAAACAGAGCGACUCAAGUGAAAAGCAAACGCCAGCCGAGGGCUGAUGUGAGCGAUGAUAACGCCAGCAGAGAGAGCCUUACCCCAGACUUCAACGAAAACAAUGAAAAUGAUUCCUCGGAGAAAAAGGGAAAGUUAGAGAAACACGAAAGAAGAUAUCUUCUAUGUCCGGCUGGUUUUACUGUAUCUCACCUGAAAAAAUUCAUACAGAUGAAGUACGACCUGCCACUAAAAUUCCAGAUCCAAAUCUUCCAUUCCGAUGAGCCACUGAGUAACGACUACACCCUGAUGGACGUGGCCUAUAUCCACGCCUGGAGGCGGCGAGGCCCUUUGCGGUUGUACUACACCAUAUACGAAGCACUCUUUCCAAAGCGAUCGUCUGAGCACAUAGAAGAGAAAGACCUCCACGUGUUGGAGCAGGGUGUUACAUCAGACCUCAGCGAGAAGCAAAAUAAGGACUCGGAGCCAAAUAAAAAGAAAUUUAAAAAUGAUUCCAGUUUAAAAAGCUCGCCCAGUACUGAGGGUGAAUCUUACUCUCAAAAUGCUUUAGUUUGCACAGAAAACAAAUCAAUGGAUCUUAAGGAGAACGGCACGAAUAGUGGCUUGAAUAAUAACAGAGAUUUAAAAGACUCGAGCGUGGUUGCAAGUAAUUCUAACAGCAGUGGUGCUACUAAUGUCACGUCUCAGAACUUGGCGUCAGCUUCAAAUGUUCAGACGCCGUCAAGUGAGCCCAGUGUUAAUGGAAGUAAAGAAAGUGAAACAGACGUAUUAAAAGGAGUCGCCUAUACCAAGGAGGAUUCUUCAAAAUUGACAGUAGGAAAUUCUCCAAAGGAUUAACACACACAAACACACACUGUUUAAAAAGAGAGGCAUUUGCCCAAGUAUAAAAAACAGCAACAUAUCUACUGUCUUUUUCCAUCAUGUCGCAUAUAGAAAACCUACGAUAUUCAAAGUUAAACGUUAUAAUAUGGAUACAAUGUCGCAUGAAUAAAACGUUUCAAAGAUCAAA